UGCCGCGAAGUUAACAUGGUGACCACCCGCCCCGCUCAGGCGUGCCCCGAGGCGCUGGCCAGGCGGCGGCGGAGCACCCCGGCCAAGCGGCAGCGGCCCGAGGAUGUGACCCCGGAGGAUCGAGCGGAGCCUCAAGUCAGCGGCGACGGCGGCCUCCAGCUCCGAGCGCCGGUGAAGAAGAGCAAGGCCCCCCCGGUGGGGCGGGUGGCCGGCCGGCUCAGCUCCUCCGGCGCCUGCCCGCCUAUGCACCCCCUGGAGCUGCAGACCUUCCGCGACUACGGGCACAGCUGGUACCGCUUCCGAAAGGAGCUGGAGGGCCGGUUCCACCCGCUUGACCCGCUGGCCCGGCAGCCGCAAGUGACUGCAGAGGCCCGGUGCAAACUGAUCAGCUGGCUAAUUCCAGUGCAUAAACACUUUGGCUUCUCCUUUGAGUCCUUAUGCCUGGCAGUAAAUACUCUGGACCGCUUUCUCACCACAACCCCCGUGGCUGCUGACUGCUUCCAACUCCUGGGGGUCACCACCCUCUUCAUUGCUUGUAAACAGGUAGAAGUGCACCCACCCAAGGUGAAACAGCUCUUAGCUCUUUGUUGCGACACUUUCUCCCGCCAGCAGCUCUGCAAUCUGGAAUGCAUCAUCCUGAACAAGCUCCAUUUCAGCCUGGCAGCCCCCACCAUCAACUUCUUUUUGGAACAUUUCACGUACAUGCGGGUGGAGGCUUGUGAGGCUGAUGCCUGGGAGGCCAACAAUGCCAGAGCCCUGGCCAAAGGCGUAGCUGAGCUUAGCCUGGCCGACUAUGCCUUUAACAAAUACGUGCCUUCCUUGCUAGCCGUUUGCUGCUUGGGGCUGGCUGACCAGAUGUUACACCAUGAAAAACCUCUGAAUCUGCACUUAAGUGACUAUUCUGAAGAGAUUUUACAGGAUUGCCUGGACAAGUUACAUUUACUGGUGUCUUUGAAUGAAGACUCUUUGCCUCUUGUAUUACCCCCUGAGAUUUCAGAACAGUGCCUGUAUGUGGAUAAGUGAGAUAAUUGGAUGGGUGGUGGUGGUGGUGUGCAACAGCUAUACUUGAAGCCAUAUUUGUGGCUGUGCAUUUGGGAACUUGUCGUCCCCCCCAGUGCAUAUAACAAAAGAUCACUGAUGGUUUUAAUACCUUUAGGAUAACAGUAUUUGUUACGCCCUUUUUCUUUAUAGUCUUUAUUAAUGAGUUGUACAUGGUGUUUAUAUUUAUUUGUAGUGUAGCUAUGACAUUAGUUUAGAAUUCUGUUUGCUUAGCAGUGGCAUUGCUAAUAUUUUUAAAUACAGUUUUCAAAUUCUGUUUUGCACAUUAGGCUGUCGUACAUUGCACUGACUUUCUAAAUAACAGACUGAAGUUGUAAAUGGUGUAUUAUCCUUGUACUUAUUUAUUGAGACUGUAGUUCAGUAUUAAGCCAUAGGAAAGACAAUAGUACUGUAAAUACUUUUACCUAA